AUGGCGCCAACUGCAGCACCACUUGAUCCUAAGAGGCUUGCUCAAAUUGCUUCACAAGCCUUAUAUAUUGAGGAUAUAGACAGGCGCAUUGAUCCUAAGAGGCUUGCUCAAAUUGCGUCACAAGCCUUAUAUAUCGAGGAAAUAGACAGGCGCAUUGAUCCUAAGAGACUUGCUCAAGUUGCCUCACAGGCCUUGUAUAUGGUGACAAAAGAAAGAUACCUCAGGGCUAAGGGAAAGAACAGCAAACACUACACGAAAAAAGACGUUCAGGCACGGACAAGCAAAUUUGAGAAAACUUCUAUGACGGCGGUUCAGAAGAAAGCCCGUGAGGUGUUUACGAAAUGGCGCCCGGAUCCUUACCCCAGAACCAGUGGCGUCGAUGAAAAGCAAUUAUUUCGUGGCAAGAUAAUUAUCCGAGAAAGAUUAAAGGCUGCGAUGUACAUGAGAGGCGAAAUUACUGGCCGCAAAGUAAUCUGGGCUGACUCACAGUCAUCAGGCAUUGCUGUAGCCUGGAGGACGGGUCCUUUAAACCCGUGCUCUCCCUGGGAAGUGCGAGGCUACAUGGUCUCACAAGAACUGAGCACCGUGAAUGCUGAAACCUUAUAUGGGGAACGAAAAAUGGGAGGAUGGGAAGAGCAUCAUGAAUAA